CCUCUUCAACCGUCUCGAAGAGAGCAUGUGGACGGUGGCCAGAAAGCUAUCGUUUUGCUGAAAGCUUGCUGUGCAGAAUUUUCUCUACUCUGUUCUGUUUCUUUCCUUGCAGACGAACCCAUUGCUUUUGCAGAGUUCUUCGUUCUCAAUUGUGGUGCAUCGCUGGUGGUGGCGCGCAGGGCAAGCUCAAGCUCAAGCUCGCCUAAUCUGCAUCCUUGCAUGAGUUAGUGGCCAGCUUGAAAACGUGGGGGGAUAGCUGGGGAAGGUUAGAUUGUCUCUGUAGAUGGAGCCUGGCAGCCAAGCCCAGCCGCAGCGCCUCCCUUUCAACCAGCAGCGCCGGAACCAAGCUCAAUGGCAGGUGGUUGGUCAACCAAACCGAGGGCAGGUUAGUGGGCGGCAGCGCCAGGGGCAGGGCCCGCCCAACCAGUCUGAGAACCAAAGCCAGCCUCCCAAUCCAACCCCAAGUCAGCAUGAGCACCAGUCUCAGAAUCAACAUGUGAAUCAGCCUCACAAUCAGCUGCCACAUCAAAGUCAGGGCCCAGAUCGCCCCAACCACAACAGAUCUUUUAGGAAGCGAGACACGCGGGAACGGUCGCACAGGUUCGGGGCUCCAGUUUCUCAGCCUGGGAGCAGCCAAUCGAGCGACUCCGAGGUUGUGGACAGGCCUGGAAUGAGGCAGCAUGGGUUACGAGAGGCUGAACGUGAGCAUCUGGGGACAAAUGCAGGCAGGGUGCCAGCACACAUCGAGGCCUCAAAGCCUGAGCCAGCCCCAAAGGUUGAGCUGAGCGUUUCCGACGAGCAACAGCUUCAGGAGUACACAAAACAGCGGGAUGAGUUGAACCGGAACAUCGAGCAAUUGCGCGCUAAGCUGGCUGACCGGGCAGAGGUCGCUGCGCUGAGGAAGCAGCUCGAGCAGCUCCAGGCGCAGUUUGCAGAAGAGCAAAAGCUGCGGAAGAACCUGGAGGGAGCAUACCAGGAGUCACAGAAGGUCCAACAGAAGAUGCAAGCCGACACACGGGAAGUGGAGACGCAAGCAAAUCAGUUGCGGGGUCAGCUGCGGGAGCGGGACGCACACAUCCAGCAGCUGGGGGACGAGCUCAACCGCAAGGACCAGCAGCUGCGCGACAACCAGGAGCAGAGCGACGAGGCGAAUUGGAGGAACAACAGUGCGUUACGGGAUCAGGAGAACCAGAUCAGAGUCUUGACGAAGGAGAAGGAGGAGGCGCUUGCGGAGGCCAAUGCGCGGCACGUGAUCAUCGAGCGGCACACGAACAGCAUCGCGGGGCUGGAGCGGCAGUUGCAGGAGCACGUGCAAAAGCUGGAGGAGAAGGACGAGCAGCUGCAAGCGGCGCAGGACUCGGCGUGGGCUAAGGACGAGCAGCUGCGCGAUGCGGAGGCCGCGUGGAAGGCGCAGAUGGACCAGAUGUCGCUGUUCCACCAGCGCCAGGGGCAGCACCUGCAGGAAGCCGCUCACCGGGCAUGGCACGAGAAAACGGUCGCGCAGCGGCAGCUCGAAGACUUCCAGCAGUACCACGAGAAGGUGGUUCGCCAGAUGCAGGAACAACUCGCAAGCGCUACCCGGGCCCCCGCUGGUGCAGCGAAGCCGGAGCCUUCGCACAAGGGUCUGCCCAAUGGGGUGCCGCCACCUGGCGCCGCCGCGCCGAGCUCGGGGACUCGUGGGCCGGCCGAGGCCACCCCUGCGCCCCCGAUCCUCCCCCCCGGCGUUCCCCCCUCCAUCCUCCCCUCGGCACACCCCCUUCCCGCGGCCCCCCUCGCGCAAGGCAGCCGGGCAGUCCAACCAAUGCACCCCGCCUCCAAACCCCAGUCCUCGCAACCGGUUCACCCCCCCAACCUCCAAACCGACCCCCCCCCGCCGGGCCAGCACCAGCAAGGCCUCCAGCGGCGGGCGGUCGAACCCCAACCGGCGCCGGUUAGCGCAAACCCGCCCGCUAACCCGCCCCCCCCUCAGAACCCUGUACAGUUCCCCCCCCGGCAGCCGGAGCCGUACCGCCCCCCCACGGAAAGCGCGAAACCUCCCGCCCAGGGGGAUCCCCCAGUCUCUGCACAAACUCAAAUGCCCCAGAACGCGAGACCGGGUCAGGAACACCGGGGGAAGAUGCUGGACGAAGAAGGGCUCCUGGCGUGUUUCGCGGAGCUGAUUCCGGGAAAAGCGGAGGACGCGAUCGCGAUCAACACCGUGCUGGCGAACAAGCUGACGCCGCGGAUCGCGCCGCACGUGUGGAGGACGUACCGCAAGGAGCAUGGCACGCUGCGCGAGUUCCUGGCUGCGCAUCCGCAGUCAUUCCGCGUCACCCCUGACGACAAGGUUUACCUCACCCCCGAAGCCCAGCAGAAGCGCGGCACCCCCCCCUCCAGCGGAAACCCUGCACAAUCCACCGCCUCCAACAGUCCGACGCCCCAGGAAGCCAGCAGAGCCGCGGCUCAGAACGCCCCAGCGGGGUCCGUUUCCGAGUCCACCGCGAAGGGGGGUUCACCACCCCAGGUAGCAGUGACCCCCAUCGCAACGAACGCGGCCGCCCAGAAGCAGCGCCAGCGCCAGCAGCAGAACGGGCCGCGAAGCGAUUCGGGGGGGUCGAACGGCAGGCCCGCGGAGCCCCCCGCCGCGGCGAACGGGAAGCCUGCCGGUGGGAAAGCCAACGUGUCAAACAGGGGAAAUGGCCACGUGGCAGGCAACCGGCCGCAGGGCAACGGGCGGGUUCCGGCCGCCAGCAAUGGUGAGAACGUUUCGGGGGGGCAGAAUGUGGGCUCUGUUCCGGCGGGGAAUGCGAAAAGCGGACCCAGGACCGACGUUCAGAAUGUGCCGAGGCAGGGACCCCUCCACGUGGUUAACGGAAACGGGCCUAGUGUGAAUGGGCCGAGCGCAAACGGGGGCAGUGUGAAUGGGGGAAACGCGUACGUUCAACAGGGCUCGAUGAGCGGGGGACCCGCGCGAGUGGUGGGUAGCAACCGGCAGAUAGGAUCCAAGAGCCCCUCGAGUGCCCAGCCCUCAAAGCCUCUCUACGUACCCAAAGGUGCGACGGCCCCUGCGAAGGAAUCGGAGAUUGCAAAGCCUUGAUGUGACGCUGAAAGGAUGCGAGGCCAGUCGUGGGUUGUGUAGGUCCGACGCUGAGUCUGGAGGAACGCGCAAAAGCUCGACAAUGCAAAGCAGCGGAAUGUGAAGGCUUCAGGUCCGACGCUGAGUCUGGAAAACUGCGCAAAGGCUCGACAAUGCAAAGCAGCGGAAUGUGAAGGCUCUAGGCGAUGUCGGGAAGUGCAAAGCUUGACACGAAACAUGAGGGGACGACCACUGGUUGAUAGAUUCUGCCCUUGCGUCUUUGGUCGUACGCUGCAUCAAGACUGGGCGAGACCAGGUUGAGAUUGAUCGACGAAAGACGAGGAUAAACUGUCUUCAUGGAAGCAGGGUUGCGACUCUAAACUGAGCGUUAUGGGUAAAUUUGGAGUCGCUUGGACAUGGUGUUAUAAUGAUUGCUCAUGUGAGCGGAUAUGGUCGACUUACUGUGAGCAGGAGGGAAGUUGUUGUGGCGGCUUGGUCUCUUGAGUCGGCUUGGUUGGUCUCUUGUGUCGGUUUUGUUGUAGUUGUGAUGGAAAAGCGUG